AUGCCUGCAGGGCCGUCCGGUGUCGUUGUCUUGACCGUCAUCUACGUCCUCAUCGCAGUGUCCACUACAAUCAUUGGUGCUCGAAUCUAUCUCCGACUAGUAAUUCAGAAGCAGCGCCUCGUGACAGCAGACUGGCUGCGCAUAUCAGCAUGGUGCACCGCGUUCAUAACCGGCUUCUUCGACAUACUCUAUGCGAAAGAGGGCGUUUUGCAUCCAGGGAUCAAUUACACUUUGUCUAAUUGGGAUGCCCCAUUGGAACAGCAGAUCAGAAUGCGCAAGGGCGGUCACAAAUCCAGAAGAAGCAUGCAGCUUCAGAAUGACGCUUUUGAUGUUCCAAAUCAAUUGGGUGUUGCAUUUCUUUUCUGCCUCCCGUUUCUCAUAAUCCAUAACCUGAACAUGCGCAGGAAAGUCAAAGUCAGUGUUUACUGUAUCUUUCUCUUGGGCAUCAUCGACAUCGCAUUUUCACUCACGCGCUUCUUGACAAUCCAACUGGGCGAUAGCGAAGACUUUAGAUCUUUUACGAUAAUUGAACUCUGGUGUUCUCUCGAUGUGUACAUCGGCCUUGUUAUCUGCUGUAUCCCAGCUCUCCGACCAUAUCUUCACAGGAAGGGAGUCAACUAUAACAUUCAGGAAUCAGGACGUCCUUCGAAGUCUGGUCAUGCGAUACGCCGGACAGGCCAGAGCGGAUUUGAAGAGAUAAUUGAGGGGUCAGGUCUUAGGGGAGAUGGUCGAGAUGAUUCCUGGUCUGGAUCCCAUUCUUGCGAGAUUAGGGCGGAGAUGAGUGAUAAAAAGCAAAACGGGAGUGAUAUCGAGCUCGUCAGGAUUAAGAUCAGUAAGAGUAAUGUGUAG